AUGCUCGCUGCUCGAGCCCUCCGCUGCUUGCUCCUGCGCUUGGGAAGAGUGUGCAACAGGAGGGAUCCAAAUAUGCUGCUGGUGGUGGUGCAGCUUGAAGAUGGGUGGAUUGGAAACCCUAGUGGAUCAGUCAAAGUAUCCGUGGAGGAGACAACGGGUAACAGCGAGCAUGCCAGUCAGACAACAGAAUUGCAAAGUGGGGUGGAUAACGUAGUGGUAGAGAGCUGCCUAGUCAGUGCGACUACCGACCCCUCUGGGGAGGAGAAUGAUGCAACGACUGCUUCCGCUAGUAGCUGCGCACUAAGUUCUGCUGGUGCACCACAUGGUGCUGCCAAUGACGUCGCUGCUGGUUGCGACAAAGUCUGCGCAGAGGAGGCUGCUCAGCUCAAGCCAGCCCUCAAGGGAUCAUCGCCGCGUCCCUCGGGGCUUCGCGUCACCUGGGCUGCUGACGUGUACGACCCGAUUCCGAGCCUCAUCUCCCACACUGUUGGGAGGCGCAACCAACGCAAGAUCUAUUCGAGGAGGCAGCGGAAUGAGCACGCGGGGAAGGGGAAGCAUGGAAAGGGUUCCAAGAGCAGCAAGUCCUCCAAGAAAGCUUCCAAGGAGAAAGUUUCGGAGAAGGUGCCGGCACAGGAGGCGGAAAAAACACCUGCUAGCUGUCCCGCAGCAAGCAACCAGGACAAGCUAUGUGAAUCGACAGGAGAACGCGCAAAUGUUGAGGGUGUCGUCAAGGAGGAUACCGAGACCGCAGUAGUGGAUAAGGACGAUUUGUUGGACGACGAUGGGUGGUCUAUCGUUGUUCCCAAGUCUCAUGGUCGCCGAUCAGGUCUCGGAGCUCACUCGCCGUCUGCCAGCCCUUGCUGCAGUCCACCGAAGAUGGUUUCUGCUCUUUCUCUGGUAGAAAGCCUCGAGACAACAACCAUCACUGUCUCGGAUGCAGAGAAGUGCCUGCCGUCGUCCAGUAAACCUGGCGGUGUUUCGCUGUUUGUUAAGGUUGGCAGUUCAGGAUUGGAUGACGAAAACCAGCUGUUUUCUCCUGAGAGCACUUUGGAGAACCCGGUCUUCAUGUCCAGAGAGGGCUCCCCUGAGCUUUCUUCCAGUCCACCUGCUUCAAUCAACCCUCUGGAGCGGGCUGGAACUUCUGUCUUCAUUCCAGAGCAUCAGCCAGAUGUCAAGCAGAGGUCUAACACGCACAAGUCUGGCUCGCUCCUUGCCAAGGUCUCCAUGGAGCGGUUGGCUGGUGCCACAGCUCUAGCACAUGGGAAGGUGCAGGAGGGAAGGCGGCUGAUUUUCAGUGCGUACAUGUCUGCUCGGAAGCAUGGAAUGAAGGGUGAACUGGCUCGUUGCCUCAGGCUGAUUGCAGACACUCAGACGGGUCAAGAUCGGCUCAGUAGUUUGAAUGCUGCAGUUGAAGGGCUUGCCGUGGCUGGUGUGGCAUUUGAGCAUGCUGAAGCUUUAUUGUGUCUUGCACAAGCUGAGGUCCAAGAAUCGAUCAGUCUCUCAGGUUUUGCAUACUCAAGCAUUGACAUCAUGGCUUCGCUUGAGAAGCUGAGCUAUUCCCUCGAAGCCCCACAGCAUAAUGCGCGCUUGGUGAAGGCCAAGUCUCACCUCAGGACUGCUGCUGGCCUGCUAAUGGCUGAGCUUUCAUCUUCCAAGUAUCGUUCUUGCUCCAAGAGCGUCAUGAGUCAGUACAACUCCCCUACUGGGAGAAGGAAGAGCAGCAGCAGUGGCUCCAAGAAAUCUAAGAAGCCUGAUCUGUUGGAAGAGGAGAGGUCGACGUUGUCUGGCCUUCUGGGAAGUGUGCAUGAGCUGACAGGGAAGGUGGGAAUUCUGAUGCAGCAGUUCGAUGAUGCAAAUGCUGCCUUGCAUGCUGCUGCCUCGAAUGAGGACUGGCGCAAGGGCAGUCGUGAAGAGGCAGCUCAGGUUGAUAGAUUGUUGAAGCACCUUGCUGCUGGAAAGUUCCUAAGUAGGACCAUUGCUGCUUAA